AUGUCGUCGGGCCCUUACAAGCUUCCAUUUGCAAUCGACAAGGCCAAGGACGUCGCGAUGUCCUCGUAUUCCUCUCUGCAGUGGACACAGACACAAAACGACGACAUCUCGCUUAUCUCACAAACAUCUAUUCCGCGACCUUCGCCGCGGUCUGAUACCAGGCCAGCACCGGAUAGUGGUCUAUAUUCGAAUCCUCUCGUCCCAGGAUGGCCCACUCGUCCCCAGAGCCUGCGGAAGACGACGUCGGAAAUUUGUUUCGAGCUUGCGAUCGAGACAUUACUCAUCCUAUUCUCGUUAUCCUUACUCGCAUUAGCCAUCGCAGUCGUGUACUAUGAGGAUGAAAUAGUCGUGGAGUCGGAAUGGAGGGUCUUCAAACAGAUUAUCAACUCGGUCGGCACGGCAUUCCCGUACGUCUUUGCGCUCGUCGUGGGAAGAGCUGUGAAGCUUUUUGCGGCAUGGAGACUAGAGCAGGGGAUCAGUCUUGGUGUCCUUGAGCAGAUCAUUGGAAGUACGACAUUGGGCGGGCUGUUGACGACGCUUUCGUUGCUUCGACCCUUCAACUUGGCCAGUCUUGGCCUUUUCACGCUGUGGAUUUUCUCUCCAAUUGGAAGCAGAGUAUCCCUAGGACUGAUCGAGCCCAGAUAUCGGCCAGUGGUAUUUAACGCAGCACUGCAAUAUCUUGACACGGCGCAGCAGUCGAAAUUCUACUCUGAAGUUCCGGAAGAAAUAGUAGAAGUUAUCGCGGGCCCUAUAACUUCUGUGUAUUCGUCCAGUCUGAUGACACCAGACGCUUUCAAGAACUCCAGUAUGGAUAUAUGGGGCAACGUCAAGAUCCCAUACUACAGUCGGCUACCCGAGCCCAUCAUAGCCGAUGCCUCAGGCUGGACACAGGUUUCCGAGUCGAGAGACAUCGUGUACUCAUCCUUUAUAGGUAUUCCCAUGUCCAAGAACAAUACCCAAGGUGCGAAUACCACCUGGACUAUGACAACAACUUAUUUGGAGCUCAAUUGCUUCAACAUCACAAAGAGUCUCUACAUCCCCGCUUACAAGGAGAGUGAUGGCAUCACCUGGAGAAGGCUUGGCGAGCCAACGUCUUUUACUGUGGCUAUCAACGGUUUCAUUUCGCCAAGCAAAUCAUCCGAGUCAUCUCGUUCCGUCUCUGCUUUCAUCAACGCAACUAACAGUUCCUCGAUCCCCCACACGUUGCUCUUCCAAUCGGUUAUCUGGGGGGAGAGCUCUGGCGGUAUAACGAACUCGACCAUAAUGGCAACAUCAUACUGUGAUCUGUCGCAAACGUAUGUCGAUGUGAAGGUGCUCUGCCGGACCAUGGAUUGUCGAGUAACAGCAAUGCGUCCGAGUAAAUCGCCCCAUGCCCCAGGAAAUUUCACUGUUUUUGGCUUUGAACAUGGCUUCCGUAUGUUUUCCUGGCUUCUCCCACUCGCAACCGGCGAGAGUCUCAUGGGACAGGUGGCGCAGUCGACAGCGGCUGAGCUUUACAUAUCUGGAAUCACCUCCUCGCCAUCAUCGAAGCUAUCCAAGGUCGACCUGUCUCUUGUCUCGAAAGACGACAUGGAGCGGCGCCUGGGCCAAAUCCUGAACACUUUCUACCUUGCCACUCUGGCACCAUACGAGCUAACGGAGAAUCUGACAGAAGGGAAUGUAUCCACGAUUCAAACUUCCGCUGUGGUGACCACUUGGGUCAGCCGAUACUACGUUAACAAGAUGUGGCUCUCGCUCUACUUUAUCUCCUGCUCGAUAUUGCUAAUGGCGGUGGCUUGCGGAGUUGUGCUAAAUAGGAUGGCUGUAGCUCCGGAGAUACUGGGCUUCAUGUCAACCAUGACGAGAGACAAUCCUCAUGUGAGAAUACCGGGUGGUGGAACAGCCAUGUCCGGGAUACAGAGGAGCAGACUGCUGAAAGAUAGUUACCACAUCACAAACCCCAACGUGGGCAACAAAGACGAUACCGAGGAUUGGCGCAUUCGGGGUUACAACCCUCUGACUCCCCCCGAUCUCCUUCAACAUGAAAUCCCCCAAACGCCCAAGUCGAAAGAAACUACAGUCCAAGGCCGCAACGAGUCCGUCGCAGUAGUCACAGGCAGAGAUGCCAAUCAACGCCUCCUCGUUAUCAUCGGCCCCUGCUCGAUCCACGACCCUCCUGCCGCGCUCGAAUACUGCGACAAACUUGUAGCCCUCAAAGAGAAGUACAAAGAUGAUCUCCUGAUCGUUAUGCGAUCCUACCUCGAGAAGCCUCGUACGACCGUCGGCUGGAAAGGCCUGAUUAACGACCCUGAUAUCGACAACAGCUUCAAGAUCAACAAGGGCCUGAGAACUAGCAGACAGCUGUUUGUGGAUUUGACGGAGAAGGGGAUGCCGCUGGCGAGCGAGAUGCUGGACACGAUUUCGCCGCAGUUCUUGGCUGAUCUUCUGAGUGUUGGUGCUGUUGGUGCGAGAACUACGGAGUCACAAUUGCAUCGGGAGUUGGCGAGUGGAUUAAGUUUCCCGGUGGGCUUCAAGAACGGCACGGAUGGAACACUGAGCGUGGCUAUUGAUGCCAUCGGUGCCGUAAGACAUCCACAUCACUUCUUGUCCGUUACGAAGCCUGGCGUGGUUGCUAUCGUAGGCACUGUGGGUAACGAGGACUGUUUUGUAAUUUUGCGAGGUGGUACCAAGGGCACGAACUAUGACGCUGCAAGUAUUAAAGAGGCGAAGGCUGCUCUGCAGAAGGCUGGUGUUAGGGAGAGAUUGAUGGUGGAUUGCAGCCAUGGUAACUCGUUAAAGAACCACAAGAAUCAGCCAAAGGUUGCCGCAGUGUUGGCCGAGCAGAUUGCGAAUGGCGAGGAUGCUAUUAUGGGAGUCAUGAUUGAAAGCAACAUCAAUGAGGGCGCUCAAAAGGUUCCUGCGGAGGGAAAAUCCGGCCUCAAAUACGGAGUCAGCAUCACGGACGCCUGCAUUGGCUGGGACGACACUGAAGAUGUUCUCAAGACUCUCGCUGAAGCCGUUGCAAAGAGACGAGCUCUCUCCAAGGGUCCUAAUGGUCACGCAUAA